AUUAAGGCCCAGGCUAGCUUUUCUAAAUGCCGAAUUCCUAAUAAAUUACAUCAAUGUGAUCUACUCCCUCAUGUCCAUGAUGAUCAGAAAAGAGGAAAAAUAUAUUUACACACUUUGGUGCUAAUAGACAUGGCAACUAGAUAUAAAUGUGCAGUAGCAUUAAUAUCAAAGACUAGUUUAGAGGUUUGGAACACGAUUGAAAAAAUAUACAAUGAUCCCAAAAAUCCUCUCAAGUGGCCUGCGUUGUUGAUGGUUAAUGGUGCCAGUAAGUUUAAAGGAUCAUUUGUGAAAGGAAUGGAGUGA